AUGCAGCUGACGGUGAAGAUCCUGCAGGGCGCCGAGUGUCAACUGGAGGUGUCCGAGAGCGCCACCGUCUCCAUGCUGAAAACGCUGGUCGAGUCGCGACUCGGCGUGCCGCGCGCCUCCCAGAAGCUGGUGUUCCGCGGCAAGACGCUGCAGGACGACGACACGAUGACGGCGUGCCGGCUCACAGACGGCGCCAAGGUGUUCCUGGGGGAUGCUGACCGGUUCCUGGCCGAGUUCAAGAAGAAGUUCGACCAGCGGCUGGGCAGUAUGAGCAUGGACGACAUCCAGCGGUUUUGUGCCUCUAACAUGACCGAGUUCUGA